AUAACGUGUUACGUAACCACUUAAUAGUUCGCUACUGGUAAAUUAUUGAUAGACCAUUUAAUAUGCAGUAAACAAUUCGAAUUAAGGCGAAAAUUCUGCACCCUUUCACUGAAAAAUCCCGUGGACAGGGUAUAUAAUACGGUGACACUAAAAUAAUUGUCAGUUAUCAACGAGCCUUCAUUUGUAAUGUACAAUAUGAGUAAAUACCUUCUUCUUCUCACCGCCCUCGUCGGAGUCGCUUGGGCAAAGCCCCAGUACGCUGGAGGUUCAGCUGGUGGACUCCUGGAGCACCACGGUGAACCCCUGAGACACGUGGUGAUUGGCCUGAGUCGCGGAAUCGAGAUAGACCAUCAUGACGAGCACGAGGAGGAAGACCAUCAUCACGAGAUCCAACAUGAGCCGCAUUACGAAGAGGAGCAUCAUGAGGAUGAGCACCAUCAUCAGGGAGAGGGAGGUUUUGGAGGGUCAGAUUUCAAAACUCCAGUCGAUGUGCAUCACGAGAAGGCUGUUCAUUUGAAGGCACAUCCAGAAUACCACUACGAUUACCAUGUAGCCGACCACAAGCACAAGGACUACAAGAGCAAGCACGAAGAAAGAGAUGGCUACAAAGUUAAGGGUAGCUACAGUCUGCUCGAACCCGACCACAAAACUAUAAGGGUUGUAGACUACAUUUCAGACAAGAAGACUGGUUUCAUCGCUAAAGUGUCCUACAAGAAACAUCAAUGAGUUCAUCAAGUUGCCAUAUGAUUUUUGUUUUUGUAUAUAAGUUGAC